CCAGAUUGGUUCCUCUCACAGCAGCAGCUGACGGGGCGACGCAACGCAGCCGCUGUUCGCAAAGCGUUUUGAAGCACGGCUGGAGAAACCGCGAGAAAGUUACGGCAGCGUGAACGAUGGACGACGGUAAAGGUGUCGGUGCGACGAGAGUCAGCGAAGAGUCCAAACACGAAGAGUUUAGAGCCUCAGACCAGGCUGUUGCCUUCAUGGCCUCCAUUGAGCCGGAGGAGCUGCAGCGGUGUGUGUUCACGGAGUCGCUGGCGGCGCUGUCUGACGGGGGCCAAGUCCUGGGAGAGCUGCGCGUGUCCGUGGAGUUCACCCGCAGAGCCCUGCAGCCCUGCCUGCUGCUGCACGCUCAGAGCCGCGGAGCUAUCGAUGGCGCCCCCUGUGGAACCACUGUGACAGCCUACCUGACGGCUGACUUGGAGGUCCUGGAGGAAGACUACCAGGAGUACGUCAGGCUCCACAAUCACAAUGUUGAAAAGACGUGUCGCAUGGUGCAGCGUGACAGUCAGAUGGUGAUCGACAAAUGCACCAGAGCGGGAGAGGAAGUGACCAAGGAGUGUGUGUCUUAUCCCAUGUCUGUCCUGAGAGGCCUGGUCACCGAGGGAUCCAGCAUGCUGCUGAUGCGUCUGAUCGCUCUGAGGAGGAAGGUUCCAGAGAACAUGGUGUUUAUCAUCUUGGACCAAUCUCUACAUAUAAACCACACCACUUUUAGUGAGGUGGGUAUGAAGCAAAUGGAGGUUGGUGGUGAGGUCUUAGAGCUAUUUGGGGUGCAGAGGACGGUUGGCUCUGUGGUGGCCAGCCCCUCCACCUGGCAGUGCUACUUCCUGGAUGAUGGUCACUUGGCCAGCAGAAAACAGGAGGGCUCACCAGUCACAAUGAAGCUCCUGCAGCAGCCUUCAAAAAUAGACAAAGGUCCUGAGAAGGUCCCCCUAGUGUUGGAAGAAGACAUGGAGUUGCACUCUCAGUACCUGGAAAGAAAGGACAAACUGAAGGCAGAACAUAUUUCGUACCUGAGAGAGCAUCCGGAGAUCCGAGCCCUCCUGUCCGAAUUUAUGCAGGACUUGCUGAUUAUGAAACCGGACAACAUCUUCCAGUUUGCUCGAGACUACUUUAUUCCCUUUUCCUCCAGCCACUCCUCAGAUUCUAAAAAGUGCUCAGCCUGAAACACAUCAGCAGGCACACUGCCACUCCUAAAAGCAUUUUGUUACUUGCUGUACAUUCUUUAAAUUUGCCCUUACAUGUCUGGAAAUGUGUCUGAAUAAAUUGGUUUGUUUUAAA